AAAUAAGCUUUGAUCUCUUCGUUGCAGAUUUAUCUAUCGCUCAGACGGGGAUUCCUGCAAUAAUAUCAAAGAAUAAUAUACUUUAGUCGAUCAGUUGCAUAAUAAGUAUUGAAUCUUUAGGGUUUGACAACGCAGAGUAAGCAGCGACUCGGGUUGCGAAUCAGGCGCGGCUGAUCAAGGGGUACGUGAGCGGAGGGGUAAGAGAGAUUACCUCCGUGCUUUCCGUGGCUCUUUACUAUAUCAUUGAACCGAUUUGUGUGUGGAAGAGACGACAAGUAGCAAUUGGCUUUCUAUUGAUUCUUUAGAUACUUUCCUUUUCAUCAAAAUGGCACCCUCAGACAAUAACGUAGCUGCGAGAUUGGAUCUCAUUACAGAGAGAAUUCCUGAGCAGAGUAUUCAAGGCUUGGAUCUGAUUGAAGCUUCUCUGAAAGCUGAGGGCAGGAACCCAAGAUGCUUGUGGGGUAGGCCAUUUCACAUAUCCUCUAUAUAAUAGGACAGUCGAGCUAACAUUCUGAAUAGCAACAUCACCAACGGGAAAACGUGAGCAAGAAAAUGGCAGUCAAGCCAAAUUGGACAAUCGCUGAUCUUAUUGUAUAGCACACAUUGGAUAUUUCAUUCCCGUUUUAAAAUUCGCAGACUUCAUAGAAGCAGGCGUGGAUGUAAGUUGUCAACUGCUACUCGCAUUCCUGACCUUGAUUAACUCGAAUUAUUACAGGUUGUGAUUACCUUGCUUGAUGUCUAUUCAUUCCUUGACAAUGUCCAUUAUCCUAUGGAACAAGUUUUACAGCGCAUGCAUUACUACAAGUUCGUCAUAAUUGCGGCGGCCGAAGCAAUCGGGAUUCCCGCAAGCAAGUUGCAAUUUGUUCAGGAAUCUACCUAUGUGAACACACCCGAGUUCACCAGGGACCAAUGGAGACUUUGCACGAUCGUCCCUCAGCAGGCAGUCAAAGAUGCCUGGGAUCGGAGCUACAACCCCGAUAUGCUCAGUCCAAUGUUCUGCCCUGGAAUGCAGUCCUUGGCGGAGGAAUACCUCGACAUUGAUUUUCAAUUUGGUGGCGCAGACCAGGUAAGCAGCCCUCGAAUUUGAGAGAGGUCAUUUUUCUGAUCACAAAAUUACCCUACAGGCUGGUAUCUUCGGAUUCUCGGACCGAUUCUUGCCGCAACUUGGAUUCAAGAGGCGCGGUCAUCUUAUGAAUCCUAUGCUUCCCAACCUUCAAGGAGGGAAAAUGUCAUCAUCGCACCCUCCCAGUACGAAGAUCGCGCUCCUCGACGACGCUGAGACAGUCACUAAGAAACUCUUCGGGGCGAACACUAAAGUGGAAGGUGCCUCGACAAACGGUGUCAUGGCUUCUCUCAGGGACAUUUUGAUUCCUAUUAGUAACCUUCGAGCCAGAAUAGGAAUUACCGAGGGUCAAAAGUCAUUCGCCGGGGCUAAUUCCCCAGAUGGCACGGUCUUCUCUGUGAAGGUGAAGAGCGGGGAAGAGCACUUCAGCUCCUAUGAAGAGGUUGAAAAGAGUCUUAUUGAUGGCCGGGUCACUGUUGAGGAGAUUAACACGGCCAUCGCUGGCGCCUUCAAUCAAUUGCUAGACACUAUUCGCAAGAAGUAUGAAGAGGACGAAGAGUGGCAGGCAGCGACAAAGUUAGCUUAUCCUGUCGAUGCCUAAGACUGAGAAUCAUGUAUUAUUAGUUCCUCCAUAGUUUUCUUUUGUGGCAAAUUUCAUACUUCAAAAAUUACCGAAACGA